AUGAAAUUUUAUACGGUACUUUUACUCAUUGCCUACGCAGUGGUCCUUGUUAAUGGACAUGAAUACGGCGGAUUCCAUGGAUCACCUCAAUUUAGAGGUGCACUUGGAUUUAGUGGACGACGGGGUUUUAGAGGACCUCCAAGCUUUGGUAGACCACCAUUUCGACAAGAGUUUGAACUACCUCCAUUUGCAAAGCGACCUUUAGGUCCUCUACCAAUUGAUAGACCGUCUUUUGGGCUACCGCCAUCUAAUAUACCGCUAUUUGGUAAACCAUCAUUUGGUUUUCCUCCAUUUGAUAUUCCUCCAUUCGGACGUCCUCCGUUCGGACGUCCUCCAUUCGGACGUCCUCCAUUCGGUCAUGGUGGUAAUGGUUGUCGACCAAAGCCUCCUCCAUGCAAGCCAGCACCAUCAACUGAUGCUCCAGCAACUGCUGCACCAACAGUGGUUCCGUCAUCAGUUGCUCCUUCAACUGUUGCCCCAGCGGCUCAGUCCUCAGUUGCUCCAGCAACUGAAGCUCCAUCAACAGCGGCUCCGUCAUCACUUGCUCCAGCAAGUGCCGCCCCAUCAGCCGUGGUUCCGUCAACAGCUGCUUCAGCCACUGCAGUUCCAGAGGCUCCGUCAUCAGUUGCUCCAGCGACUGCUGCACCAUCAACCGUGGUUCCGUCAACAGCUGCUCCAGCAACUGAAGCUCCAUCAACAGCUGCCCCAACGGCUCCGUCAUCAGAUGCCCCAGCAACUGAAGCUGCAUCAACAGCUGCCCCAGCGGCUCCGUCAUCAGAUGCCCCAGCAACUGAAGCUCCAUCAACAGCUGCCCCAGCGGCUCUGUCAUCAGAUGCUCCAGCAACUGAAGCUCCAUCAACAGCUGCUCCAGCGACUGGUGCACCGUAG